AAAAAAAAUACGGUGAAGGCCACCACAGUGUGCUAUAUAACGGGAGGAGGGGGAACUACUAGUAGUGAAAUCUAAUUGUAGAACUCUCCCCUUAUAAUAUAUAACAAGUUUCAAUUUGUUCGGUUCGGUUAGUCAGUAUUGAGUUACAGUUGUGUAAAGACUGGUUUUUUUUUACGUUUUUUGUAAAUAUGGACUACGAACACAUGUUAACAUGGAUAAAAAAAUUACUAUGUGCGCCCAAAUUCAUACUCACAUUUCGCACCGUGCAACUUUUGGUUCUUCUUUUUAAGAAAAUGACGAGCCACAAGAGGGCCACUCUAUCCUCCGGAGAGUGGAACGUGGAAUAUCAGCGACGAGGAACAUACCGCUGAAAAAGGAACGCGAGAGGAGUCGACGUACGAAUAAAUUUUCCACUUGCUGCGCGCCGAGUUACGGUAUCCUUGCGUGAAGAGAGACGAAAGAAAAUCACGACUCAUCUUUUUACUUUCUCUCUGAGUUGCAAAUGCAUGGAGGUCAAAGGGCACGACUUUUCUAUUGUCAUUAUUUUACGGAAGAUGAUCCGAAAAGGAACUGAAAGGAAUUGUCUGACACAUGCGUUAUGCUUUUGAUGCAUAAGAAAGAAGAGGUCCUUCUAGAUCUAUUCACCUCGUCUCUUGGCGGUUUCGCUCUCGGUGUUACGCUCGGUUGGAAUUCUAGCACAGGAGAGGUCCUUCGAAAUAUCUUGAACGCUGGCAGUACCGAGAUUGGCCUUAUCGGUAGUAUCUUGAAUGCCGGUGCAUGCAUCGGUGUAAUGUCCGUGCCUUUCUUCAUAAAGUAUCUCAGCCGUACGACAAUCAUAUUCUUGACCAUACCAGGAUUUAUCGUCGGAUGGACGUUUAUCUGCUCCGCCGGCCAGAAAAUUUUACUUCUCAUAAUUGGUCGAUUUAUAUGUGGUAUGAGCGGUGGAGUAUUCUGCAUUCUGACUCCGAUUUAUAUCGCGGAAAUCGCAGAUAAAGAUUUGCGAGAACAACUUCUUAUGUAUUUUCACCUCUUGAUCAAUUGCGGAAUUAUGUAUGCUUUUGUGAUCGCCCAUAUCUUAGAUGAGCAGGAUGCUAUAUGGAGAUAUAGCUUAAUCUGCGCUGUGCCAUGCCUUGCGAUUGCAUUAAUAAAUCUAGUACCUGAGAGUCCUCUUUAUUAUCUCGCGAAGAACAACGAAAUUAAGGCCAAAGAUUGUCUAAAAUGGUAUCGUGGCGAAGCUUGUGAAGAUAAUAUCGAAAUGGAAGAAUUAAAAUAUCUCGCUGUUGCAUGCCGUUCAAAAAUGAGCACAAUGAGUAUUUUAAAAAAUCGACAUAUUAUAAGUUCCUUCUGCACGUGUUUCUUCGCAUUCUUGGCUCAACAAUUGAGCGGCGUUAAUACUAUAAUCUUUUACGCAUUGACAUUUUUCAAUAUCGGCGGAUCGGGCAAUAUAACUGCAAGCGAACAGACCAUCGUUAUUAGUAGCAUACAAAUAUUAUCUUGCUUCCUAGCUAUGAGCCUGAUAAACAUGGUCGGACGUCGUAUAUUACUAAUUGUAUCCGCAUCGCUUAUGGGAUUGUUCUUGAUGCUGUUAGGAUGGUUUUAUGAAUUGAGGGACUAUGAUCCAGAGUAUGACGAUAUCUACUUCUGGAUGCCACCAACUUGGAUAGCUCUUUUUUUCGCUGCUUUUAAUAUCGGUAUCGGGCCGAUAUCGUGGGCGCUGCUAGGCGAUAUCUUUCCGAUGCAAAUAAGGGAGACCGCCGUUGCAUGCGCAGCCACUUUUAACUGGUUGCUAUGUUUAAUAGCAACGAUGAGCUUUGGAGAAAUGGUGGUUGCUCUUGGUGUUACAAAGUCUAUGUGGCUCUUUGCUGGCUUUUGCUGGCUAGCCGGAAUCCUUUGCGCGUUUUUUGUAAAAGAUACUCGCGGUCACAGUUUGGCUAAAAUACAAAAGAGCUUUGGCAUCGACAAUAGGCAAGAAGAAACAACAUAGUGAAGAGCGAACCUGAAAUGUCGGAUGAAAUACAG